CAACAAUAACAACAACAACGGACGCUCAACACUCUAUUUACGACAAGCACGCACCGAAGUGUCUUGCAAUCAUUUAUUUGAUCAGUGCAAUCUACACAACUACAGUAGAAAUAAUAAUCUCUACCACUCGCCCGCGAUCCCCCCGCGCCACGUUCUUUCCCGUCCAACGCUUCCCAUCUCGGCUUUGUUUGUCUGCCUCCUUUCGCAACCUUUUGCUCAACCACCUUUUGCGCACCCACACGAAAGCGCUAGCCGUCGAGGUCCUUCCUUAAUAUACAAAGUCGAUUUGAUAUCGCCAAAAACACAUACGCUGCUUGUUUUUGCCUCCAGCCUCGUCUGGAUUUUGACUUUUUCUGGCUUUGCCUGGCUGCAGCGCAAAAAGUCAUAUUCUGCCUUUGUCACAAGCUUCUCAGCUGCGACAAUAAGGGGCGAAACACAUACACACACGCAUAGCACUCACCUUGACGGCACGAGGAAACACAAAGCCAAACCCCAGGAUCUCGACAAGUUCGAGAUCAUCCACCUGCUCACUCCACCUUGUUAGACGGCUUCCCGCCGCCACACCGUCAAGCUGUCUUCCCCGAUCCUCAUCCCUCGGAUCGUCUCGUACGACGCGGGCACCAACGUCCCCCGCCGAGGUGGUGCGUACAGUACGAAUCCGAUGGUUACCGAUAACAAGACUGGCCGCCGGAGGAGGUCUAGCAGCAUCCUCCAAGUCUAUCAUGAGCCGCAAGAGCCCAUCGAUCAGCUUAGCGACCAGUCCGCGCUGCCCAACCUGAAUGCGAACUGGGUGAACGCCAAGGGCGCUUGGGGCAUCCACAUUGUCCUCAUCAUUGCCCUCAAGAUUCUCUACGAUGUGAUUCCCGGCGUGUCACAAGAGACUUCAUGGACUCUGGUCAACAUUUCGUAUAUGUUAGGCUCCUAUAUCAUGUUUCAUUACGUCAGGGGCGUCCCUUUUGAAUUCAACGCCGGCGCAUACGACAACCUCAACAUGUGGGAGCAGAUAGACGAUGGCGCACAGUACACUCCUGCCAAAAAGUUCCUACUCAGUGUACCUAUUGUGCUUUUCCUGCUGAGCACACAUUACACCCAUUACGAUUUGACGUACUUCACCAUCAACUUCCUGGCCGUGUUGGGUGUCGUCAUUCCAAAGCUGCCUUUUAGCCACCGCAUGAGGGUUGGCUUGUUUUCUGGGCCGCCGGAGGAUCAAUGAUGGAGGAUGACAACUGGAUCGCCGAUCACCAAUUUUUGUGUCGGGGCGGGCAUUUUGUUGAGGAUGGAGGGAUUUGGUGCUGCUAAUUCUAUGACUUCGAACCAUAAACGCCCACUCACGCCCAAGUGAGCUCACAGAAAGUCGAGGUUCUCACAGCGCAUGGCUGCGGUCGGACCCCGUCUGAUCAGUAGCAAUGGUGGAAUAGCCUGAUUUAGUUGAGUUUAUCAAGCACUUUGCGCGUUUGGCUUUGAGCUUGAGCAGUGCCUGCUCUGUUCUAGGUCAUUCAACGCACUCAAUCCAUCUUGUUUUUUCCUCAUAGAAUGACGAGAGAAUACUCUAGGUGAAGAAUUUUCACCUGUCUAUAUAGACGGCUG